CAGUGUUCUGGGUAUCAAAUUCUGUUUUGAAAAGCCCUGGCAAGAAUGAAUAGACAUUUGAGAACAGUGCUGAAACAACAACAGCGUCAGAACGACUCGGGAACGGAAACAUGUCAAGAGUAUCGACAAAUAUAGAAUCGCGUAACGUAGUAUAGCAGACUCGGUGCUUUCGUCAAAUAGCGAAUUGAAUCGUCUUGCAUCAUAGUGGAUUCAGAGCUUUUGUCAAAUAUCAAACCGUUCACCUUUAUGAAUUGAAAUGGUAUCACGUGGAACUCCAAAGUUUUAUGCCCCUAGUUGCGUAAUUGAUCCCAUGUUUUGAGAGGAAAAGAUUUCCAUUGCAGAUGAACACACCGCUUCCUUUAGCUAUACAAACCGUUUUUAUCAGUAGGCGGCCUGUUAUACAUCACACCCACAUAAACACGUUGACCAAACAGUUCUUAGUAUACGAUUACACGCUCGCACACAGGGUCUGGGAUUAGACCGCCCGGCUUUUCCGUGAAAAGUUUCAGGAUUGCGUGAAGGAUGUCGCUUGCUGGUAGUCAUACUUCCACUCUCGAUGAGGAAACCAGUGGUAUGUACCAAUACGGUGAUACAGCAGAACUCAUAAGUGAGACCACGGUGACCGGGUAUGACAAGGUAUGACAUGUAAACCAUUCUGUGCUAUGACACACUGCUGGACCUCGAUCUAGGAGUGGUUCCAGGAGGGGGUUUCAUCUGAUAACAUCUGAUCCAGCUCAGCAUUGUCUCUUCUCUAAACACAUAUUUCACAUCCCAAUGUGCUCUCAUCACUUCUUUCUCUCUCUCUGUCUCUCUCUGUGUCUGAUUCUCUUUCUAUUUUUUCCUCUCAUUCCACCUCACGUACAGCUCAUCGGUUUUUCCCAGCACUUGACAAAAGCCGCUCAGUGAAGCAUUCGACCUAAAAUGACCUCCUUCUGGGCAGGAACGACUUUUGUCACUGACGAACUGUUGUAAUUGUUUUGUUUUUUUUUUGUAUUCCGUGUGCUGUUAAGUGCUAUAUCGGUGUCUUUAAAGUGGAAAGUCAUAUCGGUGGGCAAGGGGGGAAUAUCCGGCUGUCAAUCAAGCUAGAAAAUGGUGAGGUAGACACGAUGACACGUUCGGUCAGAGCUUUCCGCAACGACGUACACUACGUAUCGCUUUAAACACUCGCAAAGCCUCUACUAUACCGUAUACAGGAAAAACGGUCUCGACUUUGCGCUCGUUUUCAGGAAACGCCACCCGGACUCGGGCUGUUAAGUCUGAUCUAACUGUGACUGAUCCAGGAAUCUUCGUGGAACUGAAACGGACGACUUGAGUCAAACGAGAUCGGCGUGCGAAUGUUGGGCAACCGUCGGAUAGAAGGACUUCCUCUUCCUCUGUCAAAAAAAUUUCCUCGAGUUCUUAAUCAACCACAAAUUUUGCCACAGUGACGUGUGUAUGAACUGGCAUGUCCGUUGUACAGUGCCACUUCCUGCGAUGAUCGAUUUAGCUCUUGCACAAGUAAUAAACACAGCUGGAGCUUAUGCUUCUUCUUUUUGUUUUGUUUUUUAAGAGGGCCUUAACACGACAGGUUACAUAACGAGAACACUGCAACUAUCGGCUAACUAACGAGCCUAGCUUGAUUUCUACACUAGAUUUAUUAUUAUCAGUAAUGCUGAUGCAAUGAAAGCUCCUUCAUCCGAUCUAACUUUUAUACUGUAUCUGUGCACGUCUUACUACAAGGCCUUGUUCAAGUGAGAAAACCCAUUUGGUGGAAACUUGAUGCCAACCGUUCUGCUGAAGUUGAGUCAUAGGCUGGUCGUAACUGCUCUGGCUUUUUUUUUUGCUGUUUCCUAUCACGCUGGUAGAGUAAAAUCCGGCUCAUUCCGGUACGCUCUGACGAGUGAGAACCGUUCAGAGAGCCAUGCAACACUGCUGAGAACCGUUCCCAUUAACUAUACUCCCAGUAAUUUGAAUACAUUCUCGAUCGUGUCACCAAAACAUUUCCAGGUGCUGCUAUUUAAGACUAGCGGGAGCAUUUACUCUCGUUUAUGUCAAAAUGAGACAAAACCUCACUGUUUCCCUGAACUCCCGAAGACUAAGAUCGAUCCUCCUUAGUAAGGAAUAUUCUCUAACCCCAUCAUUCAGUAAACAUGUCCUCUGCUCACUCCAGCGGAAUACGCUGUUUAACGUGGCGUCAUGUCGUACGUUUACGGUUUAUUACAGGUCUGUUCCGCCCGUAACUCCGACACACUUAACAUUCGUUUAAUAUUUACAGUGCCUUGCAAAAGUCUUCGAAGUCUAACGUCAAAUGGAAUCUAAUCACAAUUUCGAUUAAAAAAGAAAAAAAGAAAAAAUGGAUCGUUCUAUGGACGGACGGUUCAGGAAUGUGUUUGGACGGCGAAUCCAUGAAUUGUUUUAUAUUCAAAGUUGUUAAUUUUUUGUUUAUCGUUAUUAUCUUUACUUGUUUACCUUUUAUUUAUUCAUCCUUAUGUUUUUUGUUUUGUUUGUUUGUUUAUCAUUUAUCUUUUACAGUACGAACAAAGGUGGAACUGCGUCAUUUUGUUCUUCGUUUAUCUUUAUCUUCUAUUUGUUUAUAUGUAUUCAUCCUUAUUUGAUUUGUUUGCUUGUUUUGUCUUUAUUUCUCUUCAUUUCUUUGACUUGUUUUUGUUGUUUAUUUGUUUGCUUGUUGUUGAUCUGACUGGAAAGCGCUCGAGAACCCCUCAGCCGAGGGAACGGUUGAGCUCGGACGGCGCGUAGUGCACAGACCGAGGCUAGAAAUCGUACAUUUUAAAGGAUGUGUUCUUUCUAUCUCAUGUAAUACGUCAACAGACUCGCCUGAUUGAAAAAUUAUCGCUGUUGCCUCGGGUUCUUGUUCUUGGCGGUUGCAGCUCCUCCGCCUCGUGGUUCGACGUGUUGGAGAUGCUUUUCUGCUCGGCGCGGUUGUACAGAGUGGUUAUUUGAGUUACCCUCACCUUCCUGUCAUCUCGAACCAUUCGGACCAUUCUCCUUCCUCUUCACUGGAUUGUUGUUCAUUAUUCUGCGUAAACUCUAGAGACCGACACGUCCAGGAGAGGUUCUACAAUUCUGAAAGUCCAUCUGGCACCAACAACCACGCCAUGGACUGUUACCUGCGUGAUUUUAUGCGCUUCCGCACCGGCUACUUCGUAUUCAGGCUCGCUGAUUUGUAUGAGCGUUGGCCUAGGGUUAUUAUCGUGCUGGCUAACAUGAAGGAUAAUAAAGCUACUGUUAGAUAAAUAGUGUAUAUACUGUAGCGUAAACCUUUCUACCUUAACUUAUCUUAACCUGAUCUUCUUUCUUUCUUUCUUUCUUUAUCGAGCUAUCUAGCCAUGAAUCCAUCGAUGUGUAAUUGUGUUUUUGCUAAUAUAUAUAAUAUAUAUUUGUUUUUAAACUAAAGUACCAGGUGAAAGAAAAACUCUGAGUAUAAAUAAAGGCGCAAUUAUGGCGUAAACUCUGGUGUGUAGCGUCAGGUUUGCUACUUGCGCAGGAAUGUGGGUGUAAAUGAUUCAUGUGGGCCAGUUCAGUGCAGCACUAAUCACCACACACACACACACACACACACGGUGCACUGCUAAGUGCAGAAAUUUGGAGCAUGACUGCGAGAGGAUUGAGAGAAAGAGAAGUGGAGGGGGAGGGAGGGUGAGGGCUCAGGGGGGAGAUGAGGGAGGAGGAAAAAUAAGGAGGCGAUUGUUGGGGAGUUGGAGAUGUUUAUAAAGGCUGGAAUGAAAGAGAGAGAGAUCCACACACACACACACACACACACACACACACACACACACCCAGGAGCAGAAAAUUGCAGAAGAUUGCCUGGAUUUAUAAACACACAGGUUCCAAGUGACAGUGAGAGUUUACCCUUGUUGAAAAGGAGUCUGGAAUACAAAGUUUGCUCUGCCUGUGGCUUUCUAAUCCACAGCACACAUUAAAACACCAUGUUGAGAAAGCGUCCCGCUCCUCCACUCCUUCUCUCCAUCGCUUUACUCAUCUCCUCCAUGUUGGCAUCGUCAUCAUCACAACAACGCAAUGCUACACGACCCGGCGUUCGCAGUCCUUCUUCAUUUGAUCCGGAGGACUAUGAUAGGAUCUAUGAGGACAGCACAGUAUCGACACACCCCCCCCCGGGUUCUCCGCCUCCGCCCUGUCAGUACGACCUCUGCAAGGACCAGCAGGAGUCGUGUCAGAAGCUCGCACUCACUCUGUCCUGUUCCUGCCCCGGCAUCAGUGGCCCCUUUGACCCUCCGGACCCUCCUUCUCUCCAGAGUCUGUCUUUAGAAAACAAGGGAACGGUUGUGGUGGUACGGUGGUGCGCGCCGUCUUCCACGGUCACGCACUACCUCGUGCAGGUGGGGGGUCAGGACGAGGCGCGCGAGGCGAGUGCGAAUAGGAGGAUGAUGGAGCUGGGAGACAUCGCUCCUGGCACUGAGGUGUGCGUGGAGGCGGUGAACAAGGCGGGCGUCAGCGCCCGGGGGAGCCACUCGUGCACCCGCUUCGACCCCAACAUCUCCGAGACGAGGCUCGCCAUCAAGUUGGUGCUCAUCGGAGCAGCGGUGGUGCUGGCGGUAGGGAUCGUGUUAGCGCUGGUGCUCUGGUGGUGCAGGAGACACCGGAAAGCUGUGACACGGACAGCAAACCGAGGAACCGACGUGGUGCUCUGAGGGAGAGGAAACACAAAGCAGGAGAUCUCUAAUAACUGCUGCUCGAAGGAUUUUUACUGGAAUGUCCGUGUACAAAAGCACUUUAGUAAUGAUAGUAUUGUUUGAGUAUUAACUGUAUGUGAUUUGUUCUUUUUACUAUUAUUAUUAUUUUUAAAUAUAUACAUAUACGUCUUUUUUUGGAAGUAAAUUUUUCUUGAAUGUACUCGUUUAUUCACAGCGCUUGUCCUUACUGAAGACGCUCUGCUCAUGUUGACAAUACAGCCGGAAGCUUUACACUUUUUCCCGCACUGGUUGUGGUUUUGUACUUCGUGCAUCACAGAACCAACCACGUCGAGGUUCUCACGUCAGUCAUGAAACGCUUAGUUUGUUUUUUUCCAUAUAAGAAUA